AUGGCAUCUCCCACACCUCCGACCGGCAUGGCCGAAAUUUCGGAAGCUCAGCAGGCUGCGGCGCCGUCGCCGAGACGGUCUGUCAAGCGAGUUGCGUUCGCAAAAAGCACCAAAAGCGGCAGCGGCAACAGCAACAGCGGCCCGCUCUAUAUGCAGACCUCUGGAAAUGUCGUGAUCGUACGGCGGAUCAAGAGAAAGAACGAGACGCCCACGAAGCAAUUCACCCGAUGGCUGGUCGACAACCAAACUGGCCUCUCCUUCAAUCUGCUCGCACUCCUCUUCCUUACCCAUAUCUUCUUUCCCAUGCUGCGCACCCAUACGACCAAGCUAUUCACACUUUCCUACUACAACCCCUCAACUGGCCGAUACAACCUGGGCAAGGAUGACACGCUCUUUAUCCUCUUCGGCGUCACCCUCCUGACCGGCCUGCGUGCCAGCUCCAUGGAGUACAUCCUAGCACCUUUCGCCAAAAGCCGCGGCCUUUCCAAGAGGAAAACGAUCACUCGCUUCAGUGAACAGGCCUGGAUGCUCAUAUACUAUGGCAUAAUGUUCCCGUUGGGCUUCUAUCUUUACCAGCAUUCGCCCUGCUUCAUGAACAUGGAGCACAUCUGGUCAGACUGGCCAAACCGUGAGAUGGAUGGCCUUAUGAAGGGCUACAUCUUGAUGCAGCUCGCCUUCUGGUUCCAACAGAUACUUGUGGUCAAUAUCGAGGAGCGUCGCAAGGACCACUGGCAGAUGUUGAGCCAUCACUUUAUCACGGUUUCGCUGAUUUUGAUUUCGUACCGUUACCGCUUCACCCGCGUUGCCAAUGUGAUCCUUAUCCUCAUGGACGUCAGCGACUUCUUCCUUCCGCUGGCCAAAUGUCUCAAGUACUUGGGCCACACCACCCUUUGCGAUGUCUUCUUCGGUUGCUUCAUGCUGAGCUGGUUUAUUCCCCGCCACAUUUUCUUCUCCAUGAUCUGCUACUCUGUAUGGGCCCAGAGCCAAGAAAUCAUGCCACCAGGCUGCUUUCGGGGCGGUCCGGGCGGCUCGAGCAUCCUGGUCAGCCCAGAUGAUAUCUCACCACUCACACCCACCAUCUCGGCAUUUACUCCUUUCAGCCCCACCACAAGCAACAAGCUUGCUUACAUGCUCGAGGCCAUAUUUGAUUCGGACGGUGCUAUAUGCUACACCACGGUGGUCAAAUGGUGCUUUUUGUCGAUGCUUCUCCUCCUUCAGACUCUGAUCAGCGUCUGGUUCGUCAUGAUCGUUCAGGUCGCCAUCCGCGUCGUGAAGGGUGCCGGCGCAGAAGAUUCGCGUAGCGACGACGAGUCGGACGAGGUUGAGGAGGACGAAGAAGACGAAGAAGACGAGUUUGUGUACGAGGAGGCUCAAGCACUCGAGGAGGAGGUUGGCGUUGAGGACAUUGACUUCAAGGGCUGGGAGCGGCGGUCUGGCCUCAAACGGCCGGUAUCGUCAACAUCGGGCGUCAGCCUGCCCGGUCACAGUGAUCGAAAGGAACUGCUGGGGCGCAUUGGGUGCGAGAAACAGGUGGACUAG